GCGCAGUAGAAAAAGUCCCAGUGUGCGUAUUCCGUCAGUCUUCUCUUUUUCUCCUGACUGGAUGAUGGCCGUGGAUACAGGAAGAGUAACGUUUUCUGGAAGUGUCUGACGUGUGCAAGAGGCCAUUUGCUGAUUGGAUUGCUAUCGUCUCGUACAAACGUCGAUGGCGAUGGAGGUGCCCUCGAGAGUUAUAGCUAUGGUGUCUUCGUCUUCUUCCACCGCCGAUGUUUGCGUUUGCGCUGGUCUUUCCGCUUUGCAGCCUGUUGUGCUUCAUCGCGGUCGCGGCACGUCUCGGGCUGUUCCGCCUGGUGGGGAUUUAUCAAGACCCGGAUCCCGACCCACCAGCCGGCGGCUUUGUGAGACCACUCAUCCGUUGAGUUUGGCAGUGAAUGCCGAUCUUUCACACGUGGCAUGUCCCGACCCGCUCAACUGUGGAGCAGACGAAUGCCACGUGGCAAACUGGUUUCUCUGCAGUCGUGGUCCCCGUUCUUCCAUUGUAAGACAGCAGUCCCGUCGCAGUCGAAGUCGUUCCGCCGGGAAUGCUACCACGUGGCAGUCUCCCUGGCUCGCCACGUUGUGUCGGGAUGGCCGUUUUUCCGAAGCCACCUGCCGUCGCAGUCGAAGUCGUUCCGCCGCGAUCGCUGCCACGUGGCAGUGCCGUCGCAGUCGGAGUCGGUCCGCCGGGAUCGCUGCCAUGUGGCAGUCUCCUUGGCUCGCCACGUUGUGUCGGGAUUGCCGUAUCGCAGCCACCUCCCGCGCCGAAGGUCCCUCGAUUGCCCCGAUCGAGUCGAUAAUGCGAAGUAGCAGAAAGCAGCAGUGCCACGUGGAGGCAGCAGGUAGUGCCACGUGGCAGACUGGCGUGAGGAACCGUUCACGGAGUCCGUCGUCAAAUGCAGUUUCACGUGGCAGCAUCAGUGAAUGCUGCCACGUGGCACUGAGGGGCAAUGGCGAACCGCGAACGGCGGUGGGAUCUUCGAGAGGGAAGAUGACACGUGGCGUGUCACGCAGCGGCUACAAGUGGGAGGAGGCGGUAGAGCCACGUGGCCGCUGGAGGAACCGCAACCGAUCAACGGGCAAUGGCGAACCGCGAACGGCGGUGGGAUCUUCGAGAGGGAAGAUGACACGUGGCGUGUCACGCAGCGGCUACAAGUGGGAGGAGGCGGUAGAGCCACGUGGCCGCUGGAGGAACCGCAACCGAUCAACGUGUCAGUUCAGGGUGAGAGAGGAUACGGAGACGGAGGGAGGGGCGUCGUCGUCGUUGGACCGCGAUCUCGGCGGCGAACGAGCCACGUGGCUCGGCCCGCCGUUGGGGGAAUCGCAUUGUGACACGUGGCGUGCACGUGCAAUCCCUGGGGUGAAUGCUGCUGACGUGGCACUGACUUCAGAGUUUUCCGCGGCGGUCAGUGCUGCUGCUGAUGAUGAUGAUCGGACAGGCGGCGAGCAUGCGAAGAGCUUCUUGCUGAGCGAGAACGUAAGGAUGAUAGAUUGGCUGGAAAAGCAACGGGAUGAUGACGUGGCAACGUCAUGGCAUGCCACGUCAGCAGAGUCCAGACAGCCCAUCGCCGUGAAGGGCGUUGAAGUCGGCGUGGCUGUGCGCUUGCAUGGAAAACUAAUCAGGCAGAGACGGUUGCAGCAGUGCCUGGAAAUGCUCGAAUCUCUCCUUGAGGAUGAAGGGGGCCGUGGCGUGCUCAUCAAUGCUUUGCUCCCUUGUCAUCGGGAUUUUCUAGACAGCUGUUCUGUUCCGGAGCAUUUGGAUCUGGCCUUUGCCUAUGUGGACCUGUUCCCAGAAUAUGCCACGUGGCUAUCUGCCCCGUUGAUUGCCACUUGUGGCAGGGUUCAACGGGUGGACAAGAUUGAAUCUGUUUUGGAUCGGCAACGACAGCUGGGAGUAAUGCCUGACGAGUGUGCGUAUGUGGAAGCAGUGCUGGGGGCAGCCAAGUCCGGCAAGAUGAGAAAGGCGAUGGAGUUUUUUCAGAGAGCGCAGAGAGAUGGCGUGUGUGACACCGCUUGCUGGAAUGCUCUGAUUGAAGCUUAUAGUUUGCGUGGCAAUUCGAAGCAAGCAGUGUUCUCAGUGUACGAGAAGAUGAAGUUGUGUUCGUCUGCUCCCAAUUUCACCACCUUUCUGCUUCUGCUCAAGGCAGCACGGGGGCCGGGAAACGUGGCCCAGGCCGAUACCGUUUACAAGGAAAUGAAAAGCAGAGGAUUCAAGCCUACUGCACACGUUUUCACUCUCCUAUUUGGAGUGGCGAAGGCUGCAGUAGAUAAGGGGCCCCGCAAUAAAGCCCUUCACGAGAUUGGCCUAACAACGUGGGCGUGGCACGAGGACAUGGAGAUUGUGGGAAUCGCACACAAUGUGUUCACAUUGAGCGCAUUGAUGAGCGUUGUCGGGCGAAUUGGAUCUAUGUGGAAGGUUGCUUAUGAUUCAUUUUACGAGUCCAGAUUCUGCGAUGACAACGAUGCAAAUGUGUCGGCGUACAGUGCUAUGAUUCACCUCUGUGCUCAAGCAGGGAUGGUUGACCAGGCAUUAGAACUCCAAAGAGAGUUAAAGGAUGCUGGAGCUGAGCCUAUGUCGUUUGCAUUGGCGGCAGUCAUCGCCGCCUGUAAGAUGGACCGUGCGUUUGAAAUUUUCGAGGAGAUGAAAAAUGACAAAAGAAAUCCUCCCGAUGGAGUUACGUACAGCACGUUGAUCACCGCCUGCGGGCAAGCGCAGCAGGUAGAUCGAGCCUUCAGUUUGCUUGAAGAAAUGCGUAGCCGGGGGAUCACACCAUCUGGCCCUGUGUUUACAGCUCUGAUGACGGCAUGUGUGAAGGCGCAGAAACCAGCAGAUGCAUUCACAGUGUAUGCGGAGAUGAAGGCUGCGAGGAAGACCCCAACUCAAGUCACAUUUGGAUGUCUUCUGAAUGCCUGCCUGGAGCUGAGUGAUGUCCAGCGAGCAUUUGAGGUGUACGAAGAGAUGCUGAAGAUGGGGGUUCAGCCAAAUGAUGGAUGCCAUAACAUCCUGAUAAGGGUAUAUCGAGCAGUUCGAUUCUUCUCUUUGAUGCGGACGAUGAACAUUCCUCGCGAUCAAGGAUCGUUCCUCGCUCUCGUCCAGAGCUGUGCGCGAGAUAACCAGGCACUCAAGGGUUAUAACUUUUUCCUGGAGAUGGAUAGCCGUGGGAUGCCUCCAGAGUCUCAUGCUUGCAGCGAACUGAUAAGCUCCUUGUGCAGGGCUGGGGAGAUGCAAUGUGCAUUUAAAGUUCGGGAGAAGAUGAUCAGCGCUGGCGUAAAUGCUCAGCAGUUUGCUCUGUGCGAUCUCAUCAGCAUGUGCAGCCGUGGAGGGCGUCAUCAGAAAGCACUAGAGCUCUAUGACGAAUUCAAACGUCAGGCAGCGAUGCCUCCGGGUAGCCUGUACUCCGAAGCGGGAUUGCCUUUGGCAGGGAAAAAUGGAAAUACACAAUCAACAAGAACGAGUCCAAAGACGACGGGCACCUUUUUCCCUUACUCCCCAAGCGCCCCUCCUCAUAUGACGGUAAUGACAUCAACUGCCUGUGAAGCAUUGAUCGAGGCGUGUUGCUUGCGUGGCCAGAUUGAGAAGGGAAUGGCUGUCUUCCAAGAUGCUCUGGAGGCAGGAGUUCAUUUGAACACAGCAACGCUCGCUUACCUUGCUAACGUCUGCUCCAGGGAGAAAUCUGGUGUCAGUUUUCACAUCUAUGCGGUGACGGCCCAGCUUCGUAAAGAACUUGCGCGGAGGAAGACGCUCGAGAUAGAUAUGGAGAGCGAGCAGGCCGCCGAGUACAAACAGGCGCAUUUCCGCAGCGGAAGAGGUUCUCAUGAUGGAGAUGGAGAGGAAUUUGAGUGGUCCGAGGAGGAGGACGAAGAAGAAGAAGAAGAAGAAGAAGAAGAAGAAGAAGAAGAAGAAGAAGAAGAUCGUACAGAAGAGGAGUGGAGGGAGCAGACGGAGGGUAGAAAGGGAUCAUCCAACAGAAGCAGGAAUGUGGAAGGAGGGGGUAGGAACGAAGGAGGAGGAAAACCGGAGCAUGAUGACUCGCAAAAGCCAGGUCAUAGUUUUCAGGAUGUUUCACGAGAGGAGCAGUCAACAACAGUGAUGAAAACCAAGAAGCAGGAAGAGGAGGAGGAGGAGGAGGAGGAGGAUCAGGAGGAGGAGGAAGAGGAGGGUCUCAUGGAAGAAGAAGAAGAAAACAAGAACUACGAGAAGAAUGUUCGUGAGAAGAAGGAAGAAGAAUGGAAUUGCAUCCACGAGUGCAUCUCGAGAAUUGAAAACACAGGACUUCCCACAUGGGAGUUGGACGCUCAACCAAACGGCUAAGCGGACCGGGAAGAAAGUAAAGCCCCAAGACGAGU